AUACCACAUACCAGUAUACCAUAUUGUCCUCUUCUCCACUUCCUCCCAAACCUUACGCAUGCUCGCGUCCGUGCCACCGAGUAUACCUCGACAGCACGCUAUCCAGACUAUCGACGCGUCCGAGCGCCACAACGCGUGCCCCGUACCUUCUCGCCCCGUCCGCCACCAGCCGUAUCCAAAACACGAACACUCGCUCAUCACUCACCUCCAUUCUUCGCGCCAGCCGAAAUCCACCGCACGCCCGUCGAACGCGGACGCACGCGCCCGCCCUCAUUCAAGACCCACGCACCUACUGCGUCCGAACUUGUCUAGCACACCUGCCAUGCCUCCGGCUAUCACACCUCUAGUCUGUCCUCCACCCUCCUCCAACGGCGACGGAGAGCCGAAGGCGAACUUUCAGUCGCUAUUUACGCGCGACGCGUCGCCACGCUCAGCCUCGAGCAAUACGUCGGUAUCGCGUUCGCCACCCGCUGCGUGGGCAUCGAUGUCCUCGGCGGGCUCGUCGGGGACGCGACCAUAUACGUCAGGGUCCUCGGCCGAUAAUAAUGGCUCCAGCACGUCCGCUUAUGCGCCUCGCGUCCACCUUUCCUCUUUCCUGAACGACAGUCAAACAAGGUCUUAUGAGCUGGACGUAGUGCAGCAUCCCCAGCGGACGGCUGAGUUUGGAUCGGCAACACUAUCGCGAUUACCACUCUCUCCUCCCAUAGUCGUGCAGCUGAUAGUGAAGGACCGAUUCGGCAAUUCAAUAAUUCCUGACGUAGAAUUGCCUUUUCUCAUCGCACACCUGUCGCUGUACUCAGAGGAUGGCACACGCCAGCUUGACAUGGGCACUUCUCCAGAUGCAACAUCGACCACGGCACCCAGGCGGCGGCUACUUUACGGCAACCUUGUGAGCUCACCGCAGAAAUUGCGAGAUCUCCAGGGUCGCCUUGGUCUGUAUUUUCUUUUCCCGGACGUAAGCAUUCGUUAUCGGGGACGCUUUCAAUUGGGCAUAUCCUUGCUGCGAAUAUCCAUACCCUCAUGUAGGACGGACGCAGCGGGGGUGAUGAGUCUCGGUGAGCAAGGCACAGUGCUCGCACAAGCGCGAACGCGUUCGUUCGACGUCCUUGCCCAUGAGGAUUACGUAGCCCCAGGGCCAACGCGCCUGACGCAGAGUUUCCUCCGCCAAGGCGCUCGGAUAAAUGUGUUCACUCCGAGUAGUCCCUGACCCAAUGACGAUCAGCACUUUACUGGUUUUCACGCCUUUUCACGAUUUUAUCGGACCGUUACUGUAGAUCUCACACUUUGCAUGCAUCUUCGUUCGUCCAUCUUGGUUCUUCUGUGCAUUUUUUUCAUCACUUCGCUCACGUUACCACAUUGCUCCCUUUGCAUUCGCUGUCAAUCAUCUGCCAUGCUGUCCGUGUCUUAGCCUGUUGCUUUCUGACGCCUCUCGGCGGACACAAUGCCGUUCGCGGCAGUAAUUACUCGCAAACUACCAAGUACAUAGUCCUAAUUUGCUUUCCUGCCUUUUUUACUGGCGACGAUCCCUACG